AUGGCUUUCACCACCAACAUCACCAUCCUGCUGUUUCUGGCUUGUAUUUCUCACCAGCUGAUGUUGGGCAGCUGUCAAAAAGCUGAUGGAGGGAGAGGACGAGGAGUGGACGGAGGACAACAUAAAGACAAACAACCUAAGUCUGCCUCUGCUCAGCCUAUUAAGGGGAAACUUGUCACCACAGACAGGUCUGCCUGUACUUGGGCUGCAACAGGUCAGGAUCUCUUCAUCCUCAGUGUUACCUGCAAGAAGGGCGACAGGCACUUCAGCUGUGAAUAUGUUGCCAGACCGGCUGCCUGUCCCCACUAUGCUUCCAACGUCCAACUUUACUGGAAGCAAAUUGCAAGAGCACUAAAGAAGCAAAAGGUUUUGUGCCAGGACAGUAGUGUGCUGGUCAGGGCGACAGUGUGCAGAAGAGCUAACAGAGAUGCUCAUUUCAGACUCCACAGUGCACAGAGGAAGACUACUCCAGCACCUGCACCCCGAGCUGUCAAAUCCUGUCAACACAGUAACAAACAGCUGGCAGAGGAGUACUGCGGUGACACCUGGUCAAGUUUUUGCACAUUCUUUUUUACUAUGGUGCAGGAUUAUGAUUGUUGA